UGUUGAAUCCUCGGUCAGUUCACUCGGAGGCCUUGCUAAGCAAAGAAGUCUCAGUUACAAUCGUCAUUGAAAUAAUUUUCAAGCAUCAUUACUCAACAAUUCUCAUUAUCCUUAUCGCUCAUUCCACCUAAUUUCCGUUUAAUUUUAUCGCCGACAAUACGGAAACUAAUCAUCAGUUAAUGAUUCUAAGUCAAUUUGUGGAUAAUAAUGAAAUUUUAGUGACAAGUAAUUAGCGGUAUGAUUAAGUGCUGUGGAAUUUGAGGGCUUAAUGAAAAGUGAAUAAUCGAAGAGCUCCGGAUUUUUUUUUAUACAAAAAGACCAUAAAGUCAAGGUUUUACGAGGAUGACAGUGUUAAGGAUGACAAGCUCACCAGCGACAUCACCGUCAACAAGUCCAGCACCGCCAGAACAGGCGCAAGCUAUUGUUCCAACAACUCGAGCUAAUCAACAGAGAUUGAGUUUCUCAGUGGCUGCACUACUUGCUGACACCAAGAAGCCCAAGGCACAGGUGUCAAAUGCAUCAGCAAUGUAUCCAUCUCCAAGCUCAUCACCAGUUACAAGUGCAUAUUCACCAGUUGCCAGUCGUCAGUAUAGAAAUCCAAGUUCGUGUACUCCUGAGAAUGCUAAUUACACAUUAUCACAGUCACCUACACGAGUUUGUGAUACCAGAACUGCUAGUUCACCUCCAAAAUUGACUGAAACAAGUCAUUCGAUAUCUCGUAUGCUGACACCACCACGAAAUACAACAACAAAUCUGCAGGACUAUGGUUCACAUUCGCCGAGAAGUUCACACGAUGGGGCAACCUCAAGAUGUUCGGAACUGGAUAUGGAGGAUGAUGAAGAAGGAAGUCUUGUUGAUGUUGAAGAUUUGGAGCAGCAGGGAACAACGAGUAGUCCAAAUCCAGUGAGACCAAUGCCAGCUUAUGUCGGUGGAUUCUCCACGUUAGGCACGUUAUCUGGCCUCCCUGGGGGAUUUCAUCCAGCAUCAGUGUGGGGUGGUAGUGUCCAGCACAGAUCAGCAGUUGCUAUUGCCGCAGCAGCUGCUGCUGCCAGCUAUUUUCCAUCACACUUUGCUCAUCAUACACCAUUAAACGAGAACGGUGAGCCAGCCAAAAUCAAGUGCAAUCUCAGGAAGCACAAGCCCAACAGAAAGCCAAGAACACCUUUUACAACGCAACAGCUCGUGGCUUUGGAGAAGAAAUUCAGGGAGAGGCAGUAUCUCAGUGUUGCUGAACGAGCUGAAUUCUCAUCGUCGUUGCAUCUUACCGAGACGCAGGUAAAGAUAUGGUUUCAAAAUCGCCGAGCUAAAGCGAAACGUCUGCAAGAGGCAGAAAUUGAGAAAUUAAGAAUGUCAGCAGUUAGACAGCAUCACAAUUCACUUUAUGGAGCUCAUCAUGGUCUUCUCGGUCCAGCAGCCCUGUAUUCCGUCGGUAUGCUGUCUCAUUCAGCUGGCAUGGCUCCACAUCAUUCAGUACAAUCUCAUCAAGGGAGAGAAUGAAAAUGUCAUUUGAUUAGUUGUCUUGAUCUCUUUCAUAAAAGAGCAAUCAUCGGCUGUUAGUUUAUUAGCAAAAACAUGAGGAAUCUGUGAUUCGUCAUUUAUUCUUUAUAUUCCUUUCAUUCCAAUCGACAUUGUGAAGGACAAGAUAGCAGUACUGAUAGAGUGAGUUAAUUAAAACAUUAACUUGGGUCCGGUGUAUGGUGAUAAGUGCUGGGUAAUCGACCAUUUUAAAGAUCCAUUAUUUUUGUAAAUAUUUUCAUGUAAAUAGUAUAAAAUAAUGUUGUAAAUAUUUGAGACUCCAUUAUGGAGAUUACCAAAAUGAAUUCAAAUGAAAAUUUGUUAAUCAUGAUACUAUCCUGCCCAGUUUAUUUGAUAAAUGUCCUUUUAAUAUGAUUGAUUUUGUAUAAAUGUACAAGUCGUUAGCACGUAAAAUAGAGAAAUAACCUAUUUAAAUAAAAUUCUAAAUGUCUCAAGAUAAAUAUCAAA